AUGCAGGAUGAGCUCGAUGAGCAGGUGGGUGACCGCAUGCCCGAGUUCGAGGACAUACCGAACCUCCCGACGGUGCGUGCAGUUAUUAAGGAGGUGCUGCGGUGGCGCCCUGUCACAGCAGGUGGGUUUCCUCACCAGCUGACCAAGGACGACGAGUACGAGGGGUUUAUCUUCAAGAAGGGGACUAUAUUCCAUCCUAACCAAUGGGCAAUCCACGGAGACCCGACAUUGUACCCUGGCCCAAACAACUUCAGGCCAGACAGAUGGCUGGAUCCACAGUUCCCAACUACCUACAAAGAACCGCUAUCCAAGUUCCCCAACCUGCAGAACUAUAGCUGUUUUGGAUUCGGGCGGCGUAUCUGCCCAGGCCAAAACAUUGCCGAGCGGUCCCUGCAUAUCCUGACGGCUCGGGUUGCCUGCUCUGGCAGCAUCAUCAAGAAGAGGAACGUGAACGGGAUGGAGCUGCCAUUACCGCUCUAUGACUACACUAAAGGGUUCAAUAUCCAACCGGAACACUUUGACUUUGACAUAAUUCCGCGGCCGCAGGCGAGACUUGCAGCCAUUAGGGAAUCUCUAAGGGAAGCAAAGUCUAAGUGGCCAGCAUAG